AUGUCCCAAAAGAGAAGAAAAGAUCUCAUUAUACCUUAUCAACGUCCAUUAGAAAAAGAAAGCGCCCAGGAUAUUGGUGGAACGAUAGGAAGCACUCUACCUAUGGCCGCCAUGUUUACGCGCAACAAGUUUGUCGGAUGGUGGAUUCCCAAUAGGGCGUCGGUUAUAUUUGCAGUUCAGAGCUGGCUUGGAGAGAGCUCUGAAACGAGAAAGAAAUCUAGUCAACCUGCUAUCUUCUCUAUUUUAAUGUCGGGUACGUUACUAUUAGUAACAUAUCUCCCAAUGUUUAUUCCCACGACCCCUAAAGCCCCUAUCGAUUAUUCAGGCGUGGCCAGUACGGACACUGCCUCUACGGCUUAG